CAGUACUGUAAACAAAACCUGACCUCUCGACAAAUCUUAAAAUUUUUCCAAUUAAAAAGGAAAUAAUUAUGUGAAUAUUUUUAUUAACGAAAUAUUACUGACUUAUUUCAAGUUGUAUGAAGUUCUUAAGCAAUGGAUUACAAAUGCUUGGCGACCAUAAACUGCAAGCAGGGCGCUAUUCGUAAAGUGAGGUUCAACGUGGAUGGAGUUUAUUGCGUGACGAGCGGCUCUGAUAAGACAGUCAAAUUAUGGAAUCCACACCGAAAGUUGUUUCUUAAGUCGUACUGUGGACAUGGAAAUGAGGUGUUAGAUGCUUGUGCUUCAAGCGAUAGCAGCCAGAUUUUAUCGGGAGGUGUCGACAAAACUGUAAUUCUUUGGGACGUGUCGUCUGGCAAGCCAUUGAGGCGACUUCGUGUCCAUUCGGGCAAUGUGACCUGCGUCAAGUUCAACGAGGAGUCCAACCUGGCAUUUUCAGGUUCGCUCGACAACACGGUGAUGAUAUGGGACAUAAGGGCUUUCAACUUUCAACCGAUCCAGGUUCUGAAAGAAGCAAAGGAUUCGAUCAGCGCCAUUAUAGUAACAGACCAUGAAAUUGUGACAGGUUCACUCGACAGCAAAAUACGCUGCUAUGAUAUUAGAAGUGGUGUGCUUUCUGUAGACUAUAUUGGAGAACCAAUAGUAAGCUUGAACUUGACGAGAGAUGGUCAGUGUUUCAUUGCAAGCACGGCAAAUGGAAUAAUUUGGCUCUUCGAUAAAACAAGUGGCGAACUUCUCAAUGAGUACUCGGGUCACACGACGGGUGAUUUCUGCAUUGAAAGCAGUGUCGACAGGAAGGACAGGAACAUCCUGUCCGGCUCGACAGAUGGAUGCGUCUAUUGUUGGGACCUGAUUGGCAGCAAGGUGUCGCACAAGUUGGUCCACUCAUCAGGCGAGGUCGUCCACUCACUCCACCCUCAUCCGACCGGUGACUACCUGAUGACUGCCACCAAAAACGAGAUUCACCUCUGGGGCAUCGAAGAGAUGGACUUACAAGACGAACCGGAGGUAGAAGCUUAAUAUUCAUUUGUGUAUAUAUUCGUACGAUAUUGUAAAUAAAAGUAAAUUAAUAUCUUUA